CCCGCCUGAGGCUGAAGCCGAAAAGAAGUGCUCAUCCGCUUCUACUUUGUACAAAACAAAGCGAAUCUUUGCAGAAAUUAUCGUAAAAUAUUACUUAAAUGAGCCCUCCCAUUGACACGGAAUAAAGCACCUACUUGACGUUUGAUCAAUCAUCGGCCCGACCUCUGGCUGACGUGGAACCAGUUCCAACAAACCCAUUCUCCCCGCUCCAUCACCAUGGCAACAGAGGAGAAGAAACCAGACACCGAAGCCACUAAAACACAGUCGACAUCAUCUGGCUCUGCCAGCCAGAGCAAGUCGGUGCCGGUGAAGCCAAACUACACCCUGAAGUUCACGCUAGCUGGACACACCAAAGCCGUCUCCUCAGUGAAGUUCAGUCCCAGUGGAGAGUGGUUAGCCAGCUCCUCUGCUGACAAGUUGAUCAAAAUAUGGGGGGCAUACGAUGGGAAGUUUGAGAAGACAAUAUCUGGACACAAGCUUGGAAUCUCUGACGUGGCCUGGUCUUCUGACUCCAACUUGCUGGUGUCAGCCUCUGACGACAAGACUCUCAAGAUCUGGGAUGUCAGCUCGGGGAAGUGUCUGAAGACAUUGAAAGGCCACAGCAACUAUGUGUUCUGCUGCAACUUCAACCCCCAGUCCAACCUGAUCGUGUCGGGAUCGUUUGAUGAGAGCGUGCGGAUAUGGGACGUGAAAACGGGCAAGUGCCUGAAGACUCUACCAGCCCACUCAGACCCGGUCUCUGCUGUGCACUUUAACAGAGAUGGCUCCCUCAUUGUGUCCAGCAGUUAUGAUGGCCUGUGCCGAAUUUGGGACACAGCAUCUGGUCAGUGUUUGAAAACACUAAUUGAUGAUGACAACCCUCCUGUGUCUUUUGUGAAAUUCUCCCCCAAUGGUAAAUACAUUCUGGCUGCCACGUUGGACAACACUCUCAAACUUUGGGACUACAGCAAAGGAAAGUGCUUGAAGACCUACACGGGACACAAAAACGAGAAGUACUGCAUAUUUGCCAAUUUCUCUGUCACAGGUGGCAAGUGGAUCGUGUCCGGUUCCGAGGACAACAUGGUCUACAUCUGGAAUCUGCAGACCAAAGAGAUUGUACAGAAACUACAGGGGCACACAGAUGUGGUGAUUGCCACUGCCUGCCACCCCACAGAAAACAUCAUCGCCUCGGCCGCGUUAGAAAACGACAAAACCAUCAAACUGUGGAGGAGCGACUGCUAAAUUUUCCGAGCAGCCCUGCCGGGAAGGAGUGCCGAUUCCAAUGGGCUUAUUUUAUUUUUUCUUUUUUUUGUAUGUUUCAUUUUUUGGGUAUAUAAGAGAAAAAAAAGAAAAGAAAUGAAAGAAGAAAAUUAAAAAAAGGACUUUUUUUGACAGAUGGAGGCCUGGUAGAUCAGCCAAGGCCCAGAGAGAAGCGCAUGAGCACACCAUGUCCUGAAGCAGUCCGCGAUCGCACAACUCUCGUCCCCCCACCACCUCCUCGUAGCUCCGCUAGCUCCUGCGAACACACACAAACAGACACACACACACACACACACACACACAGGCACAUACACGCACACGCAACUCUCUACAACCUAACGCUUGUGCACUACAACACAAUCACUUUCCGUUUCCUUCUCUGUUCCCUGGUCUCUCUCUCUCUCUCUCUUGGCCUUAUGUACUGUCUGGUGGAUGUUUUUUUCCCCCUCCCUUUUUUUCUUCCUCUCUUUUUACUCGUCCGUCUUUGAGGGUUGCACUUCUCGCACUGCGCCUCACCCGAGCAGCUUCUCGUAGUGAUGUCCCGCUUUUCUCUCCACACAGCAAAAUGAAGAAGAAAAAAAAAUGUACUCGAGUCUUACUUACUUAACCCUUUUUAUCUGCAGUGACAGCUCUUCCACACACCGUGUUCUGUAGGAUUCAGCCUUGUUGUGUUUUAUUUUUUUUUCUCUCUCUGCUGUGCAUGAACUGUAACGGGGUCAACUCACACAGCCAUCGAACUCCCACACCCAGAAGUGCGCUUUGUGUCACAUUAGGUUACCCUUUUUUGUGUACUGUCCCUUUAAGUGGUCUUUUUUGUCAUUUGUUCUUUGAAGAUUGGAAAAAAAAGGUUUAUAAGCAGGUGUUAGUUGGAAGAAAUGACCAGAAAAGAAUUGUAGGGCAGCAGGCCCCUCAGACACCAGUAUAGAUGACGAAAAUGCUUUUUAAAUGUCAAAAUUGUAGAGGAAGCCUUGAAACAAACCAGUGUUCAAUGUCUGCAUACUACAGCAGUUAACCUGUUCAAUGGUGCUUACCGUACAGUGAACCAAGGGGUGGCUAUGACUUGUCUUAGUAAUUGUAAAUAGAGAUGGCAUCAGAUUAAAGUUUUUUUUUUCACUC